GACUGAAUCCGAAAUUUCAUUUCACAAAUCUCCAGUUUUUGCAUCCGCAAAUGCAUCAAAACGAUGGCGUUUCGUUCACUUCUUCUUCCCUCAAAAUCCCUCUUCCUUCUUCCCGCCUUCCUCCCUCGCAAACUCUAGCCUCUCAGCUCGCCGGAACUCGUCACCUGGCCUUUCAACUCAAUGACUUGCUCAGGAUUCGUUCCAACUAUGUUAAAGCUCACUCUACUCCAUUAUGCACUGUUUCAACUCAUUCCGAGUCAGGAUCAUGCUCGAAUGUCACAACAUCUUCCUUAUUCUGCUCUGCAUCUCUGUCUCUCGUGUCUGAGAAACACAGUAUCAGUAGAUCGCCAUCGCCUCUACUAAAUUCCGCCGUGUUGUCGCUGACUCAACCGAACUCGACAGAGUCGAUUCAGUACAUGCAUUUGGCAACGGCAGAUCUAGUUAAGGAGGAGAGAGUCCUGGUAAGCGAGGUUCUGGUUAGGAAUAAAGAUGGAGAGGAGUUGGAGAGGAAAGAGCUCGAAAUGGAAGCUCUUAACGCGUUGAAAGCUUGCGGAACCAACUCCGCAUUGACGACCUGGGAGGUCCAGGAAGAUGUGGACCGGAUCAUUGAUAGUGGCUACUUCUCCUCGUGUACACCUGUGGUCGUUGACUCGCGGAACGAUAUCAAAUUGGUGUUUCAAGUUGAACCCAACCAAGAUUUCCAUGGAUUGGUCUGUGAAGGAGCCAAUGUUCUGCCAUCAAAGUUUCUUGAGGAUGUUUUCCGUGAUUGGCAUGGAAAAGUGAUAAAUCACAAGCGCUUAGAUGAAGUAAUUAGUUCCAUCAAUGGAUGGUAUAUGGACCGCGGUCUUUUUGGUUUGGUUUCUGGAGUUGAUAUUUUUUCUGGAGGUACUAUUAGGUUAAAAGUUGCAGAAGCAGAGGUCAAUGAUAUAUCUGUACGUUUCCUUGGUCGAAAGACUGUUGAACCAACUAAGGGAAAGACGAAGCCUGAUACAAUACUUAGGCAGCUCACAACCAAGAAGGGGCAGGUGUAUAGUAUGCUUCAAGGAAAAAGGGAUGUGGAUACUGUGUCAACUAUGGGUCUGGGAGAUGUCAGCAUCCUUCCUCUACCAGCUGGAGAUAAUAAGGUUGAUUUGAUGAUAAAUGUUGUUGAACGUCCAACUGGUCGUUUUUCUGCUGGUGCUGGAAUAUCAAGUGGGAUCACGAGUGACCCUUUAUCAGGACUUUUUGGGAGUUUUGCGUACUCCGAGAGAAAUUUGCUUGGAAAAAACAAAAAGCUUAAUGUUUCCUUAGAGAAGGGCCAAAUUGACUCUACAUUCCGCAUUAACUACACAGACCCAUGGAUAGAAGGAAAUGACAAGCGAACAUCUAGAACAAUAACUGUCCAGAAUUCAAGAACCUCUGGGACACUUGUUCAUGGUAGCCAACAAGAUAAUAGCAGUCUGAGCAUUGGCCGUAUAACAGGCGGUGUCGAGUUUAGUCGACCACUCAGGCCCAAAUGGAGUGGAACGGCUGGGCUCUUUUUUCAGCGUGCUGGUGCGCGUGACGGAAAAAGAAAUCCAAUUAUUAAAGACUUCUAUGGCAGCCCACUUACGGCAAGUGGUAAGCCCUGUGACGAUGUUUUACUGGCCAAAUUGGAGAGCAUCUAUACUGGUUCCGGUAACAAAGGAUCGUCCAUGUUUACGAUUAACAUGGAACAAGGGCUUCCUGUCAUGACCGACUGGCUGUACUUCAACAGAGUGAAUGCUCGUGCGAGUAAAGGUGUUAAACUCGGUCCUGCUCGCCUUCUUCUAAGAUUGUCCGGUGGGCAUGUGGUGGGUAAUUUCCCUCCUCAUGAAGCAUUUGCCAUUGGGGGAACUAACAGCGUGAGAGGUUACAAAGAAGGUGCCGUAGGCUCCGGUCGAUCAUAUGUAGUCAGCACCAGUGAAGUUUCUUUAAAGUUGCUGGGGCCUGUGCAAGGAGUUAUUUUUGCCGAUUAUGGACACGAUCUAUGGUCCGGCCCCAAUGUGCCCGGGAAUCCGGCGGGGGCAAGGAAUAAACGUGGGAGGGGAUAUGGAUAUGGGAUUGGAGUCCGAAUGGACUCGCCUUUCGGCCUUUUGCGUCUUGAAUAUGCCUUUAAUGACAGGUUUUCCAAGAGGCUUCACUUUGCCCUUGGCCAGCCUAAAUAAAAACCAAAGUUGGCUUCUCCUCCGUUAUUUGCCAAAAUAAUGAUAAAUAUUU